AUGGAUAGGAAAAAAUUCCACCCCUCGUCGACUAGGCCCGAGUGGCUACACGCCGUGAUGAGCCCGAGAAACGUGACGUCGUUGGGUUGGGCCUCGGAUUUUUUCAUCUCAUUGAAAAGAUCGAUUGCUUUAGUUCCUAAUCCGUGCAAGGCAAGGCCCGUCAUCAUCGAGCUCCACACGACUACGUCUUUUAACGGGAUUCGGUCGAAAACUUCGCGGGCUAAAACCAAACUUCCGCAUUUUGCGUACAUGUCGAUUAGCCCACUGCAAAUGUACACGUCGUUUCUGAAUUUACUAAGUGAUACGUACUCGUCCAUCCAUUUUGCGUGUUCGAGCGAACCUAAUUGGGCCACGGCCCGUACGGAGGACUGUAUUGUUCCUUCAUCGGGCCGCACGUUAUUCGAUAUCAUCUCGGAGAAAAGAUCGAGCGCGUCCUCGGCGCGGCCGUUUUUGGCAAAGCCCGAGAUCAUGGAAUUCCAGAGAAUUACGUUUUUGCCCUCCUUCACUCGGUCGAACAGGGAUUUUGCGUCUUCGACGUGCCCGCAUUUCGCGUACAGAGAAGUAAGCGCGAUUUGCAGGUCGGGCUCGGUUUCGAAGCCCGUUUUCACUGCAAAUCCGUGGAUGCAUUUUCCCUGGCUAAGCCCGUCAAUAUCCGAACACGCCUUGAGAACACUAACUAAAGAUAUUUGGUCGGGUUUCACUUUCGACUCCAUCAUGCCACCGAAAAUCCUCAGGGCCUCCACGGGCUGCCCGUUCUGCGCGAGGCCCGAGAUAACCGAAGUCCACGAGACGACAUUUCUGUUGUUCUCACUCAAGAUAUCGAAAACAACACGUGCGCGACCGUGCCUGAGUAUCUGCCCAUGGGCCGCGCAGCCAUACCGUAAGGCCCGUAGGCCCGCACAAGCUUUGAGCACAAGUGGGAAGGUGAACUUGUCUGGGCUCACUUGGGCCCACUGCAUUCCGGAGUAUAGGUCGAGGACUGCAGCUGGCAUGCCGUGGGUCGAGUAG